CGUGUGUUUAGUUUCACUUCCGCACUCCGCUGCUGUCUGUAGCGGGUUUGCAGCCUGUUAGCCCUUGUGUACCACUUCACACAGUUUGAAGAAAAGCGCGUAUGUUAUCCAGGAGGGUGGAAAAAACCGCACAGCUAACGUUCAUCUUAACCUUCAGAGUACAUGCAGCUCUAGUUUAUUUUGGUAUUUUACAAAAUAGCAGCUUGGUUGUUGAAUAAGUCAACCAGGAAGCGACGUUAGCUUGAGGAAGCUCUGCCUCACCAUCUGGCUACAAUUUAAACUACUGUCAGUUAAAUUGUCAGUAACAAAGAAGCUUUUCCCACUCAUUUCCAACAGAAAAAGUCAUGAAGGGGGUCAACAGUCACAGUGUAGCAUCCUUCCUGGUGUGGACCCUGGCUUUUCAGCUCAUCCUGUGUGGGAGCGGGGUGCACACAACUGACGGCAUCAAAAACUGCAGACUGUUUUCUGAGCCGGAACAGAAAGACCUCAGUCGACUAGAGCCACUUGCCCUUAAGAACUUCACAGUAGAGGACACGAGUGGAGAAAGCAGUUACACGUAUGUGUUCCAGUUGUGUGGGGAUGCAGGGGGUGUUCCAGGAGCUGGGGUUAUUCAGGUGGACAACAAGAAAGAGCAAAAUAAAAUCACAGUGAUUGGCACGUAUAAUUCAACACAGGCCAUUGGAGGAAGUGAUUGGGUGAUGUUGAUCUACACAAACGGUGAACCAUAUGAUGGCCAUUGUUCCAAGGAAAUGAGAAAAGCCUUAAUCAUGAUCUCUUGCAAAAGGAACAUAGAUGUGGGCCAGCUGAAGGUGGUGCUGGAGAACAGGGAGAGGAAUCAUGACUGUUUCUACCUGUUUGAGCUGGACUCCAGUGCAGUGUGCCCAGCAAUUGAAUCCAAGCUCAGCGCUGGCUCCAUAAUACUCAUCAUUGGGCUCUGCCUUGUGGCUGUUUACCUCAUUGGAGGUUUCCUCUACCAGCGACUAAUUGUUGGAGCCAAAGGGAUGGAUCAGUUCCCAAAUUAUGCUUUCUGGGUGGAGGUUGGCAAUCUGUCAGCGGAUGGAUGUGAUUUCGUGUGCCGGUCACGAAGUCGUAAUGAAGCCCCAGCAUACAGAGGAGUCAGUUCAGAACCUUUGGACGAAGAGCCAGAAGAGAGGGAUGACCACUUACUUCCUAUGUGACCUCAGUAUAUCAGAAAUGGGACAUGAAAGUUUCACUGUGUGACACAGUUUACCCUUUCACAGCUUAGAUGAAGUUGCUGUUAGACACAAGUCUUGUUUUUCUUGUGCUGGUUUAGGCUAGGACCUGUUGACACUUUGUGUGUUUAUUCCAGACUUGUGCCUAGGGCAACUACUGCGUGAUCAGCUUGCCGCUAAUAAGGGCAUGUUACUCACAGGGCUGACAGACCUGUCUCCCCUCCCUACCCUACACAUUUCAUUCAGCUGUUUAACUUCAAACAAUUGAAUGACUCGUCCAGGACUGCAGGUUAAGUGAGGAUAUGGAUUAAAAGUUACUGUUAAUCUAGCACAAAAGGGAGAAACUAAGAAGUUAUAUCUCUGCGCAAGUUAAACUUAAUGACUCAUUGCUCCUUUUUCUGCUUAGCCUAAUGAUUGAUUAUUGCUUAAAGUUGGUGCAGGGUGCACCAAACCUGGGCUUUUUGUUGUCCUAUGCAGGUUACAAAACACAGAAGUGCUUUUUCUUGUGUCAUUUGGCUUUAAUCACUUUAUGUUUUGAAAAUUAGAGACGUAAUAUGAGAAUGUAAGUGUUUAAAGUGCUCUGACCGUGCUUACAGCAAAGCACCAUAGCUCAUCUGCAUUUGAUGUUUUCUUAGGAAUUUUCCUUUCUCGAGCAUUACAGGGGAAAAGCUUCUACAUCAAUGCUAAUACCUCUCUAAAAUAGUUAGUAUUAUGAGCUUCCUGACUGAUAUCUGAGCUUGACAGUUCUAACCAUCCUCUUAUUCCUUUUCUAUCAGAAAGGUCAAAAAUUCUAUUAAAAUGAUCUGCUUAAGUUUUGAAAAAAAAAACAAAGAAAAAAUGUCUGAAGCAAAGCAUCCAACUUGAAUUUAAAACUUAUUUAGACCUGAAAUCUCAAUUUUUUGCUUAUAAAUGCUACUAUGUAGUGAUGGGCAACUAGUUGUUCUUUAUCUCUAAACUACUUAAUAGGCUAAUGAAUAUUACAGUAGGUAAACUCUGACCUGACAUGAUAGACAACAGAUGCACUGCAAGGCAAGAGUAGAUUAUAUUUGUCUUUGACCAAAUAUUCAGGCUGCCUCGUGCCUGCGUUGCUUCUUUAGGAAGACAGAGCGAUGAUGAAAGCACUUGAUUUUCUAUAUGUCUGUAAAAACAUUACAGCUGUAAGCAUAACUAUAAUGUGGUUUGUUAUAGUUUUAGAAAUUUCAAAUUAUUCAUACUAAGGACUGAAGCAGGAUUUUUGACCUUGAUGAAAAGAUUAUGUUAGGAAGUUGUGAGUCAAGUUACUGUGUUGUUGUCAAUGUGAGCACUGAAUUUGUUCUGGUUUGUUUCUGUCACUUCCUUUGUGUUUAUUUCAGCUGACACUUCUUUGCUUAGUUUGGCGAAUCAAAUCCUCUAACACUAUAAGGUGGAAAUGGUUACACCCGUGUUUGUUGUGAUCUGAACACUUGUUUAGAUUAAAACAAUAUGUCCUGUUUGGUUCAAGGAUGAUUUUAAGGCACAGACUUUUUCAUUUGUUUUCUGAUUCCAUCAAAAAUAAAAUGUGAAAGAAG